AUGGCCUGUGCGAUGACUGCCUGGUCUGUUCACAACCCCAGUGAGACCAACUCCAUCAUCAUGAACACUAACGGGCCCCCGGACCUGAUGCUGGACCCCAGGACCGUGUGCGUCUGUCUGGACGAGGUGGUCCCUAAGCGACCGCUGCUGCAGCGACACCUGAAGAAAGUGGACAACGACCUGAUGGAGGCCCAGAGGUUCUCCGCUCUACCACGGAGACCGGCCGUCAACAUCGAAUUCAGAGACAUCUCCUACUCUGUCACAGAGGGACCCUGGUGGAGGAAGAAAGGUUACAAGACUCUGCUCAAAGGGAUUUCUGGGAAAUUCACCAGCGGGGACCUGGUGGCCAUCAUGGGGCCCUCAGGAGCCGGAAAGUCCACGCUCAUGAAUAUCCUGGCCGGCUACAGGGAGACGGGGAUGAAGGGGACGAUCCUGAUCAACGGUCAGAGCAGAGACCUGCGCUCCUUCAGGAAGGUUUCCUGUUACAUCAUGCAGGACGACAUGCUGCUGCCUCACCUCACCGUGCAGGAGGCCAUGAUGGUUUCAGCGAACCUGAAGCUGCAGGAGAAGGUGGAGGCUCGCAGAGGGAUGGUCCAGGAGAUCCUGAUGGCUCUGGGCUUACUGGACUGUGCUCAAACCAGGACGUCUCACCUUUCGGGGGGGCAGAGGAAGAGACUGGCCAUCGCUCUGGAGCUCGUCAAUAACCCUCCGGUCAUGUUCUUUGACGAACCCACCAGUGGUUUGGACAGCUCGUCCUGUUUCCAGGUGGUGUCUCUGCUCAAAGCUCUGGCUCAGGGAGGACGAACCAUCAUCUGCACCAUCCACCAACCCAGCGCCAAACUGUUCGAGCUCUUCGACAAGUUGUACGUCCUCAGUCAGGGUCAGUGUAUCUACAGAGGAAACGUUUCCAGUCUGGUUCCGUACCUCAGAGACCUCGGACUCAACUGUCCCACCUACCACAACCCUGCUGACUUCGUGAUGGAGGUGGCGUCUGGGGAGUACGGGGAUCAGAUGGUGCGGCUGGUAAAGGCGGCUCAUGACAGGAAGUGUGAGAAGAAUUAUCAGAUGGAGCUGAACGUAGAAACAAACCUCCACCCAUUCCUGUGGCAGCGCACAGAGGAGGUACGAAACAAACGCACCCCAACAACAACCUCUCCACUUCUCAACAUUCUUAAAAAACUUGUUUCUCAGGAGAAUUCUUCGUCUGAAGGUUGUCACAGUUUCUCAGCCAGCUGCAUGACCCAGUUCUCCAUCCUGUUCAGGAGAACUUUCCUCAGCAUCCUCAGAGACUCAGUGCUGACUCACCUGAGGAUCUCGUCUCACAUUGGGAUCGGUGUUCUGAUUGGUCUUUUGUAUCUGGGAAUCGGUAACGAGGCCAAGAAGGUUCUGAGUAACUCUGGGUUCCUGUUCUUCUCCAUGUUGUUCCUGAUGUUUGCAGCUCUAAUGCCAACAGUUCUCACAUUUCCUCUGGAGAUGGGAGUUUUUCUGAGGGAACACCUGAACUACUGGUACAGUCUCAAGGCUUAUUACCUGGCUAAAACCAUGGCAGACGUCCCCUUCCAGGUGGUCUUCCCGCUGGUGUACUGCAGCAUCGUGUACUGGAUGACGGCUCAGCCUCCGGAUGCCGGACGCUUCUUCCUCUUCCUGUCUCUUGGGGUCCUGACCUCACUGGUGGCUCAGAGUCUGGGUCUGCUGAUCGGAGCCGCCUCCACCUCCCUGCAGGUGGCGACAUUUGUGGGUCCAGUCACGGCGAUCCCGGUGCUGCUGUUCUCUGGGUUCUUUGUCAGUUUCGACACCAUCCCCUGGUACCUGCAGUGGAUGUCCUACAUUUCCUAUGUCAGAUAUGGUUUUGAGGGCGUCAUCUUAUCCAUCUAUGGUCUGAAUCGAGAAGAUCUUCACUGCGAGAAAAAUGAAACAUGCCACUUCCAGAAGUCCGAGGCCAUCCUGAAGGAGCUGGACAUGCUGGACGCCAAACUCUACCUGGACUUCAUCGUGCUCGCCAUCUUCUUCUUUUCCUUGAGGCUCAUGGCUUACUUCGUCCUGCGGUACAAGAUCAGUGCUGAGAGGUAG